AGUCUAACGAGUACAAGCCAUUCUUUUCUCUCCAUUUGCCGUCUCCCUCCAGGCGCACACGCAGAGUACUCUAUUUGCUCUUUCUAAUCGUUCAAGAUACCCUUCUGUUACGGACGAGUGUGUACCAUUACCCGCACAUCAUGUUCGGCGCAGUGAGAAGAUGUCCCGCGACCCUCGCGAGGAAUCUUGCCUCCAUUUCUACCAGGACACUCCGCACACCCUUCCCUAAUACCUCGAGCGCCCUGAGAAUACCAUUACAAUCAGCGCGCCUCGGAAAUGCCUCGUUCGCUGGCUUCCACAACAGCGCCGCAAAGUGGCAACAGGAGGCCCAGCGGAGCAUUGAGGAAGAUGGUCCCGUCACAGAGUUCCAGGACUUGGCCACGCGCGGCCUUGUUCACCCCAACCUAAUCAACACUAUCACGAGACAAAUGAAGCUCACGACUAUGACGGAUGUGCAGUCCAGGACCAUCAACGAGGCCUUGAGUGGGGUUGACAUCAUCGCACAAGCAAAGACCGGUACCGGUAAAACACUCGGUUUCCUUAUUCCCAUCAUCCAACGAAUCAUCGAGAACGACCCCCAGCUCGGCGAGAAGGUCAGAGGAUACAAGCGCGCCAGACCAGACGACAUCCGUGGCAUUGUCAUCUCGCCAACCCGAGAACUGGCAGAGCAAAUUGCUGUCGAGGCCAAGAAAGUAACUGCCGGGACGGGCAUCGUCGUGCAGGUUGCUGUCGGAGGCACACAGAAGAGGGCUAUGCUUCAAAAGACUCAGCGCGAAGGGUGCCAUCUUAUGAUUGCUACUCCCGGACGACUGUUCGACAUCCUCUCAGACCCUUACUCUGGCAUCAAGGCACCAAAACUCAACGCAUUGGUCAUGGACGAGGCAGAUCGCCUCAUGGACGAUGGUUUCCAGAAGGAGAUCGAGGAGAUUAAGAACUUCCUUCCUGACCCAGCCGAGGUCGAACGCCAGAACCUCAUGUUCUCCGCUACUAUUCCCCGCGAUGUCGUCAACCUAGUUCGCCAGAUCAUGCGUCCCGGCUUCCACUUCGCCAAGUGUGUCGACGAGAACGAGGAGCCAACACACCAGCGUAUCCCGCAAAGACUCGUCCAUCUGAACGGUUUCGAGAACAUCAUGCCCACACUUUACGAUCUGAUCCUCCAGUCACAACAGAAGGCACAGGCUGGUGAAACUCGACCCUUCAAGGCCAUCGUUUACUUCAACAGCACCGCUGAGGUCACCCUCGCAGCAUCAGUCUUCUACAAGCUCAAUGGUGGCUUCAAGCGCAACACACCUCUUUCUGGCACCAGAUCCUACGAAAUUCACGCCAAGCUCUCUCAACAGCAACGUACGAGGGCUGCAGAUGACUUCCGUCUCGCAAAGUCCGGCAUUCUCUUCUCCUCGGACGUAACAGCCCGUGGAAUGGAUUUCCCCGAAGUGACCCACGUCAUUCAGAUUGGUCUCCCCCGUGAGCGCGACUCCUAUAUUCAUCGUCUCGGUCGUACUGGACGUGCUGGCAAGGAGGGUGAGGGCUGGUUGUUCAUCACACCCUUUGAGAAGCAAGAAGUCCGCCGCCGUCUCCGCGACCUUCCCCUCGUCGAGGCUACUGAUAUGCUAGAAACCGCAACCGUUGACAUGAGCGAACCGGCCGAGCUCCCUGAGAACGUCGCAAAGAUUCUUUCUGACACUGUCGAAGCACACAAGAAGGUCUACCCCGACCAACUCGAUGCCGCAUUCCGUGGUCUGUUUGGAAGCUACCAGUGGUAUGGUGAUAAGCAGGGUCUGCUAGAAGGUGCGAACCGUCUGGCUGAGUUUGGCUGGGGCAUGCCAUCCCCACCCCCACCACCUGCUAGCCUCUUCGCCGGAGGUCGUGGACGUGGCGGUGGUGGCCGUGGAGGCUUUGGUGGCGGACGUGGCGGCGGCGGUGGCUUUGGUGGCCGAAGCGGAGGCUUUGGCGGUGACCGCGGCGGCCGCAGUGGAGGAUUUGGUGGUGACCGAGGCGGUCGAAGUGGAGGGUUCGGUGGUGACCGUGAAGGCCGCAGCGGAGGUUUCGGUGGUGACCGAGGUGGUCGACCUGGAGGAUUUGGUGGUGAUCGUGAAGGCCGAAGUGGAGGCUUCGGUGGUGACCGGAGAGGAGGCGGUGGCUUUGGCGGCGACAGGAGAGGAGGUGGAGGCUUCGGCGGUGACAGGCGUGGAGGCGGUGGUGGCUUCGGUGGUGACCGACCCAGGAGAGAGGCCCGCGAGUUCUAAGCAGCUUACCAAGCUGUUGAAAGGAACUCCCGCAUCUUUCUCUCCCCCUGCUCACGUCGUUGAGAUGUAAGUCCGUCACACUUUCCGUCACGCCAUUUUUCUCUUCUCUUUCUUGUACUAUAUACCUGUAUACCCCCACAGCAAGCUUGGAAACGAGGGACGAUGACGGAUAUGUCUUUGUAUCGAUAGAAUAUUGGUUGCAUUGGGCGGCGUUUCAGGAAAGGGCGUAUACUCGCCAUCAUGGUCCCGCUCCAAAAGAGACGCAGCGCAUGUUGUUGUCGCCGCAGCGGUCUUUUUUGGGUUAUGGUUGGUAACGAAACGUAAGACAAUCUCCAUUCAUACUUCUGGAGUUGGAUUGAUGUAAAGGUAGUUAGUUGGUUUAGGUUGAGAAAAGUUUAGUAUCUGUUCAUCUGGUGUCUUUGGUUGAUGGAUGAGUGAAUGAGUUGAUGUGUGUAUGUUCUUGACGAUGUAUUAC